AUGGCGGCUGCAGCUGGCAAUGAUCAGCUGAAUCGUAGCCUUCCCAAGAUUAUUGAAGUUCAAGCCGGGUUGCCCGCAUUGACGCAGGACCAUGCGAGCGCGGCGCAGGAGAUCGUCCAGCAACACGUGGCCCUCGGUUUUCCAGACUCGGCAGCACAGCUUGUCGAGAGCAAAGUCCACAAACAAGUCUUAAUGCUGGAUAACCCACCAAAGAAGCGCAGUAAGCCCUCGACUGAGGCUGGACCACCCGUCAAAACGAAGGCCAAUAGCAAUCGUCGCAAGGAAGUGGGUGCCAUCACCAUUCCAGCAACAAGCAACCAAAGGAAGCACUUGCGCACUAUGGAAUCGCGACUCGCACGCGCCGAUUUCCACGGGGCACGGAUUACGGUGGUGCGACACAAGUCGCCCGGUCUCGUUGGAGUCACGGGAAUCGUGUUGCAAGAAACAGAAAAUACAUUGCGUAUCAUCACCCCACAGGACGAGCUGCAAACACUCCCAAAAUCGGCAGCAAUUUUCGGAUUUGAGCUCGGCCCCCUCACGGUCAAUGUUUAUGGCAACAACCUGAGGUUCAAGCCAAGUGACCGGGCCGUACGCAAGUUUAAGCUGCGAGAUUCAUGGGACCUGUGA